AGGGCGGCCGUGUUCGAGAUUGGGCGAGCAACCCCUCUUCUUCUCCCCCUCACCUGGGCCCCCGCCGCCACUCUGCCCCCCUACCCAACUCCCCUCAGGCUGGUCACUCGGUACCUGGCUCUAGACUCGCGUAGGAUGUCUUGUAAGCCGACCUCAGCUAUGUGUGCCUGGCCGUUGUACUAGGUACUAGGAACGCCACUUGCCAGCUCAGGGCCGAGGCGCCCAUAGUAUGAGCGACAGCGAGCUCGAAGUUCGACGCCUACGCCACAACCGCGUUACUGGUCUCGGACUCUGUCAGCCGCGCAUUGGGUCAAGUGGCCCGCUGAGGUGUGGUGCUUGCUCUCUGGUCUGUGGUGUUCCUCCUUUUGGCUGCGUGUGCUCUCUGGUGCGCUUCGUCUGGGAUGCGCUCCGUCGGUCCGGUCUCGCGCGUCCGAGUCAAACGUUCUCGGCGACGAUAUCCAGUCUGUACUUGGGGUCAAGCGCUGCAAGGAUAGCUCCGUCAAGGGCUCAGAAGCAAGUGAAGGGUCAAGCGCCCCAAUCGGGCCUUCCUCAAGGGCUCGAACGAGCGAAGGGUCAAGUGCCGGAAGUAGAGGCUGCAUCAACGUGCUCGAAUGAGCGAAGAGUGAAGGGCGCGCAAGAGGGGCAUCAAGAGCUCCAACGAGCGAAGGGUCAAGCGCCGCAAGAGCAGCAAGGCGAAGAAGACCGUCUCAAGGGCUCGAAACAGCGAAGGGUCAAGCGCCGCAAGUACUAUAUCGACUGGUCACCUAACAAAGCGCCGCCAACGGGGCGCGACGGUCUCUUGCGCACGCGCGCAGGCGGGAGCGGGGGCUUCGCGCUUGAUCAUGAUGACGAGGACGCUGGUGACGUGCACGAACAGGUUCGACUGCUGCGCCGUGCAGCCGACAUACUGGAGGAGCAACAAGACUUAGCGGAACCGCGCUUCAUCAAGAACGCGAUGCGCGCGACGCAUGGGGCUGUGAUAGUCUCCCCCUUAAAGAAGAUCUCUUGGACGGACAGGGGGGCGGUCUUCUAA